AUGUUGCGCCGAAAUGGCAGACCAACCUUCUGCGAACCAUGUCGCCUUUCCAAGGUCCGGUGUGAUCACACCACGCCGAGGUGCAGGAGAUGUGAGGCUCGAGGCGCGGGCAGCAAGUGCUUUUACCACCCUGCUCCCUUGACGCGACCCAAGAGAAACAAGCAGUCUUCGAGGCCAGCCAGACCGCAAAGCGCAAACGAGGAAUUCCGGCAGCCGGAGCGUCAUCUUCUCUCUUCGGACUCGCCUGAGGAACUCCGCGACGAUGGCGGUCCGAUGGCGCAGACUCCGUUCCUCGGGUCGACGAGUUACCUGUCCGUCUUCUAUGACGCCCAUCCGGCACUGUCGCGAGCCGGGAGCCUGUCGCUCGCAGCGGAAUUCGAGCGCUGGAGGACCGACCGCGCGUAUGUGGUGCGACGCCUGACCAAGCUUAUCUCGGCGAUGGCGUUCUACGAAGACGUGAUCCGUGGCUAUUAUGACCGAGGCCAGUUUACAGUCAUCCCGGCUCCGUUGGUCCUGGAUUCUCUGCAUCAUGCGCGGUCUUACCUGGAAGGAUCCCCGGGCAAGAACAUGCUCGCGCAGGAGGAAUUGUACGCCAAGAUCAGCGAGAACACCGCCAAAUCCCUUCGUGUGCGUCCCACCAUGAGGGCCGAUGAAUUCUACUCGCUUUUUACUGGAGAAAAUCUUCGAUGGGAGUUCAUUGGUUUUAUCUUCGCGCUGGCCGGGAUUGGGUUCUGA